AUGGCCAUGAGGAAAUCGCGUUUCUGUAUGCUGCUUCUUACGGGCGCUUUGGGAUACAUCCAGCUCAUAUACCUGAUGAUGAGUGUUGAUUUUCAACCUUGUAAUGUGAAGCAUUCGAAUUUGGAAAGGGUGCAUGGGGCUGAGUCCACCAGCUGCCCCCGCAAGGUUCAUCUUUGGGCAAGAGAUGCCGGUGAGUUGGGAUAUUCCCAAGGCAUCCAUGAGAUCAAAUGCCCCGGAAGUACUUGCGAUGUACAGCUGUCCGUUGAUAUGACCCUCGAGACUAUGCAAAAGAAUGAGGCUCUUAUCUUAUUUCAUUGGUCCAAGUGGGACUGGGAGACGUUGCAUUGUCAUCGGCCAUGGGGCCAGAAGUGGGUGUUCUACACGCUCGAGAGUCCGCUCAACACCAAAGAGCACGUCGUUCCUCCCACCAGAUACUACAGCAACACAUAUGACUAUAUCAUGUCAUUUCGGUACGAUUCAGACUUUCGGGCAGAUUACGGACAAUACCUCGCAGGGAAACCUGAGCUCGAGGCUAACGUCACGAGAAAUUGGGCUAAGAAUCGUUCCAGGCUGGUCGUCUGGAUGGCCUCGAACUGUAAAAAGACAACCUGGCCAAGACAGGACUUUGUGAAUAGAUUGGCGAGAUACAUCAAUGUGGACAUGUAUGGCCGCUGUGGAAACCAAACCUGCACAGCUGGCACCGAACAUUGCGAGAGGGCGCUCAAGCAGCACAAGUUCUUACUAGCGCUGGAAAACAGCGAGUGCACGGACUAUAUCACCGAGAAGUUCUGGAUCCAAGCCCUCUACAGGGAAAUAGUCCCAAUCGUCUUCGGGCCUCCGCGGAGUGAUUAUGAAAAGGUGGCACCUCCUAAUUCUUUUAUCCACAUCCAGGACUUCGAAACCGCGCGGGAAUUAGGGGAAUUUCUGAAGAAAGUGGACGCGGACGACGCCCUCUAUGGCAAGUAUUUUGAAUGGAAAAAGAAAGGUUCUUUGAAACCGUACGGAGGAUCCACGCGAAGUAUCAUGUGUGAGCUUGGAGACCGUCUAGAAGCUGACGCGAAAGCAGUUCGAAAUGGAACCUAUAAGCCAACGAAACAAAAAGACUGGAAAACAUGGUGGCUGGACUCGUGCAAGAAGAAAGGGAGGGUGCCAAAAUAA